AUGAUCAAUCACAUGGGUGCUCAAUUGGAAGGGAAUGCACAUGAAUGGUGGACCUUGAAGCUCCAAAUCGAUAGGGCACGAGAAGGGAGAUUGUUCAACAACUGGCACUACUUCACAGAGUGUCUGUCAGAGCAGUUCAACCCCCAGAAUGCUAGGAUGGAGGCCUACAACAAACUGUUGGCUCUCUGGCUCACUAGUGAUGUACCAGGUGCUGCCACAUGCCACAUUGAGCAUUUCAGAGACUUGGAAGGACAGGUGAACCUAGAUGACAAUGAGCUGGUCAUAGACUUGUUCCAAGGCAGCCUCACAUGCAGCCUACAAGAAAAGUUUGAACAGAACCCACCUGUGAAAAGGUGGGAAUGGUAUCGAGAAGUUGAAGAGAUCGACAGGCAGAGGAUGCUGUUACAGCAGUCCUCUGCUAGGCACCCAAAUGCCACUCUGUUGCAACCAAACCCAGGAACCCAGUCUAUGCCACCUACCUGCUCAAGCUGGCCAACCAAUCAUCUCCUGCCUCAUCAGCUCAUUCAAGGCCAGAGGCAAGGCAGCCCUGCACUAGCAAAUAGCAGCACUUGCCAUCUGUGCAAAGGCAUCAGACAUUGGGCCAGAGACUGCCCAAGCAAGAAGGUAGACUCUCUGGGCCCAUGGCCCAUGGGUCCCAAGGUCAUGGUAACCACAGAAGACCCUUUCGAAGAGGGGGCCACAGACUCAGGAGAUGGGCACAUGGGCAGCCCUGAGAUGGGCGAACCUGAGGGACUAGACUUCAGCCAGUACCAGCCACCCAUGGACACCAACCAUGAAGAGGUCCAAGAUGAUGAUGAUGAGGGAAAUGACAGUGGGGUGAUGAACUGA